AUGGGCACCGUAGCUCCUUUCGUCCUUCCCACCCUCGCCGGCGCAGACAUGAUGAAGAGGACGACGAUGGCCACGCACGCAGAGGUCGCUCCUGCCGCGCUGCGCUGGUGCGACUAUGGGGUGGACGAUGACGCCGACAUCGACGCGUUGCUUCGGGACAUACACGCCGUCGUGCGCCCUCGCACCCCCGCCGCCGCGGACCUGCCGAUGCCGCCCCCGGAGUUUCUUGCGCGGUCUCGGCGACACAACUAUCACUAUGACUACGAGGACAGCGACUUCCAGGCCGUUUUCCACGGUAUUCGGAGCGUUCGGAUCCCAGCCGCCGGCUUUGCUUCGAUGCCCGUGGAUGCUUCUGACGCCUCCCCAAGGACGCCAGCAGCAGCGGUGGUGCUUGCAGCGCCGCUCAGCUACGGCGACGAUGCCAGCGAGGGAAACGACGCGGUCACCAUCAAGACGUCUCCAAAGAAGCAGCAGUCGCCGCAGUACGACUACGACACCGACAUCGACGCCACGUUCCGGACCAUGGAGACAGAGGCCAUGGAACGUCCCUCGCCAGACUACCUCAGCGAUCGACAGGGAGGGGAGAUGAUGAUGAUGGACCGCGCCGACCUCAUCGACAAGAUGCAUCGCUUCUCCACACACUACGACCUCGCCCCGGGAGCGUUCCACCGCGCAGUCUCCUUCGUCGACCGGUUCCUGUCGGCCAAGAAGAUCAACCGCGACGAGCGCCAGAUUUGCCUCCUCGGCGCCGCAGCCGUCUUCGCGGCGGCCAAGUACGAGGACAGGAACACCGUGCUGAAGAUCAACUCCGACCACGUCGCCAUGUACGCUGGGUGCACCCGAAGCGAGGGUGUCGACCAGGAGCGCGAGCUGGUUGCCGUGCUCAGCUACCGCCUGAGCGGACCCACGGCCUACACGUUCGUCGAGCACUUCAUGAGGCACAGCCAGGAGGAGGAGGUGAUCAGGGCCCUGGCGCAUCACCUGGCCGACAUGGCGUUGCUGGACUACAGGUGUGUGGCGUUCCUGCCAUCCGCCGUGGCCGCGUCGGCGAUCUUGCUGGCGAGGACGGCCCUGUACUAUUCGACGGCGGUGCCGGUGGAUGCAGGCUAUACGCUCGAGGAGCUCAGCGACUGCAUACAGGCGAUAUACGACAUGCAUGAGAACCUGUGGGUGUGGCCAGGCUGCGCCCAGAUGAUGCUACACUGGGAUAGCACUGCUCAGUUCCGCUAUUUCUUGCCUCCCCUGUCAAUGCUGAUUGCCAUGCAUUGA